CUGUUCGCCACUCUUAUUUCGGCAGUGGAUCCUGUAGCAGUGCUUAGCGUCUUCGAGGAAAUUAAUGUUAAUCGACUACUGUACAUAUGUGUUUUCGGCGAAUCACUUCUCAAUGAUGCAGUUACAAUUGUUCUGUAUCAUGCGCUGGUUGUAAUGGCUAAAAUUGGUCCAGAAAAUCUAGAAACGCAGGAUUUCAUCACGGUACCACUCUCAUUCGUCCUGGUUUCAUUUGGUGGCAUUCUUAUCGGAAUUGUUGGAGCUGCAGUUGCUGGACUUGUUACGAAGUAUCUAAGAGCUGAAAUUUUUGCUCUCUUCAAAUUUUCGUUUAUUUCCGCUAACUUUACUAGUUUUCUUUCUAUGGCUUUUUCUUUUGCAAAUUUUCAAACGUCCUCGUCAGUGGCUCGCGCAAUCUUUUACAUUCAUAAUAAUAUUAUUUACAUUGGUCAGACACUUUUUCUGAAAAUUUUUUCGGUUACUAGGCAUGUUUCAAAAGAACCCUGGAUCAGUUUAAGUUUGCUAUCUAGAAGUGAAUAAUU